AGCCCAACAAUCUAAUCAUCACAGAAAGUGCCUUUUUGGUCGUCUGCAGAGUCCAAUUUAUCACCAAAAUCCACGUAAACGACAUACCAGGCAAAAUUCGCGAUCUUAGCGUGUCUCAUUGAGCGCCUGUCCAGAGAAACCCCAAUCAACAUACCGCCACACGAUCAAGAACGUGAGAAUCAGGCAUAGCUCAUCUCACUUGGACGUGCUGCCACAAUUUGCGCUUCGCUCCACCUCGCGCUUUUCAAGGAUCUGAUAUGAUACUGUCACCUUGAGACUGGGUAUUUCUGAAGGCACACCAAACCGUCUUCAUUUCUGUCUAUAUAACAGCGGCGUCUGCUCUCUCUUCUCACGAUGGCAGCUCAAGUACCAGCCCAGGGAGCUGGUGCGGCCAACUCGUAUGGAGGACAACCAGCAACGUCGCCAGCUGGCCCGCCUGCCGCAACCACCACAACCGGCACGACUGGAGGGGCAAUGUCAAAUCAGAAUCUUAACCAGAUUGUCACGGACUACCUUCUCAAAAGGGGGUUCAAUAGGACAGAAGAAGUUUUCCGACAAGAGUCAAAACAUCUUGGCAAUGACGGUAAACCAGUUCAACAACUAGCAAACUUGGGUCCCAAAAAGUAUUCCAGAGCGUUCCGAUUAUUAAGGGAUUGGGUUGAAAAUAAUCUUGAAAUCUACAAAUUUGAGCUAUCCAAACUUCUCUGGCCUACAUUCGUAUAUUCCUUCAUCGAGCUAGUCGGAAAUGGGUACACGGAAGAGGGUAAACUAUUUCUGAGAGACAUCGGCCAACAUUUUCAAGCAUCACACGCUGAUGAUCUAAAAAUAUUCGCAACAAUUACACUCCCCCAGCAUGUAAACGAGAACCCUGUUACCAAAUUGUACAAGGAAAACAAGUAUCGCAUUCCCUUGAAUCAACAUGCGACUGGCGACCUUUUUAACUUUCUUGAGCGAGAGUCUGAUCACGGCGGCUCUGUUAUCCGACAGCUUCUUGUCUCGUAUUGUCAAGUCGAUUCAACUGCUCGUGGACCGAUUACCCCCUUCAGCUUUGAGGCGGUUUUUAGAAAGUCCAAGAGUCUAGAAAUCGAAGAGAUCGACGCCAGAGAAGGCAUUCCUGGAGUCAACAUCGGAUUGUCUAACAAGGAUAUUUUGGAUCCGGCAGCGCCCCUUAGCCUCGGCCCUCUACCAAUGGAUGCAGAUCUCCGCGACGACGUCCGCGCUGAAAUCGAAGACGAGGAGCGGCGAGUUCCGCCACCCCCCGGUGGGGCUAGCCUGAUAGAAGAACUUGAUCGGAAGAUUAAGAGGGAAGAGAGUGCAGAUGCUCCAAACAGAUCAGACCUACCUCUGCCGCCGUCUCGACCACGUGAUAUCAUGCUUGAGAUGCAAAAGCUGCGAGAGAACAGGGACAGAUUCAAGAUCGAAGGGCGAACAGGCGGCGUCGGUGUCCCCGUAAGCGCUUGCAUGUUUACGUUCCACAACACCUUUGGAAGCGUUUCAUGCAUGGAAUUUUCUGAUGAUGGACAACUAGCAGCUGUUGGUACCAGUGAAUCCUACAUCCGCGUUUGGUCCCUCGACGGCAAAGCCCUCCCCAGCUCAAAUGCUCACGAAAAGGGCACUAAGUUCAACAGCCGAAAACUUAUUGGACACUUUGGGCCCGUAUACGAUAUUUCGUUUUCAGACUCAGCCUCGGGACCCCCUCAAAAACUCUUUGGCGAUGAAGGUCGACAAAAUGUAGCCAUUGAUGGGCGACCAAAAUUACUGCUGUCAUGUUCAGGAGACGGACAAAUACGGCUCUGGUCCUUGGAAUCCUGGACCUGCUUAUGUGUGUACAAGUCACACGAUGGGCCUGUCUAUAGGGCGCAAUGGAGCCCUCACGGACAUUACUUCUUGACCGGUGGCUAUGACAAGGUUGUUCGAGUUUGGAUGCAGGAUCACGCGUCACCCCAGCGGCUUCUUGUCGGCCACGAUACCGCCAUCUCGGCCAUUGUAUGGCACCCCAACGGUAUGUACGUCUUUUCAGCCUCAGAUGAGACGGACAAGUCAAUCCGCAUGUGGUCAGUAACUACUGGUGCCUGCGUAAGAGUAUUCACGGGCCACACAGAGUACAUAAGCGCUCUAGAAUGUGCUCCCAACGGUAAGAUCUUGGCCAGUGCAGAUAUUGCCGGCAACAUUUUCUUCUGGGAUCUGGUCAAGGGAACCCGCAUCAAGCGUUCUCGUGGGCACGGGAAAGGAGGUAUCUGGUCGCUCAGUUUUAGCGUUGAAUCCAACGUUCUCGCAUCCGGCGGCCAAGAUGGCACUGUUCGAUUGUGGGACGUCGAAUCGCCGGCGGAUCCUCAUAAAGCAGCCCAACAAGCCGGUCUCGAGGCUGCAACUGCGGGCACAGAUAUAGCUAUCAACGGUCCCAACGGUGAGGCAUCACGGAUCAACGCGGGAGCCUCGGGUCAGUCCGCUGCUACAGGUGCGACCACCGGCACCAAGAAGAAGAGCAAGGAAGUGAUGAUAACUCCCGAUCAAAUCUCGGCUUUCCCAACAAAGAAGACGCCCGUGACCAAAGUCAAAUUCACUCGAAUGAAUCUCGUUAUAGCUGGCGGAUGCUACGACCCUGACCGAUAGAUCCGCGAGGGGUUUAGGGGUUUCAUCGAUUUGACCGCGACGAGUGAAGCAAAUAGCCAGCAAAUGGAUAAUCAAGCAUACAGCUCUGAUUAGGGGAAUAAUAAAAUGUAUCACGGAAACUAAGCACUUACAAAUGGAUAUAGGACUAUUGGAAGGGGCGAUUUAAUGCGUGCUAUGAGGACAGACUUGGAAUUGGUGUUUGAAUUUCUUGGUUUUGUUUGUUAUAGGGAAUAACGAUAGAAUGAGAAUCUAAUAUCUAUUAUUUCUU